CGAUGAUAUCCAGCCCGCCAUUCUUUAGUUGAAACUCCGCGGCUGAAGAUUUGCUUGUCAUUAUAUAGACCAAACCAAAUUCCAGCUGGAUGCAACUUACACAUUACGCGUAAUUCGCCUCUUGUUGCAUUAAGUCGCUGCUCCUAGGAGGACCAGCACUCAACUCGCCCGCCAUGGCGCCUACGGCAACAAGCACAGAAUGGGACCACGAGUUCCAUACCCUACGUCGAGAAAAGCUGUUUCGGGAGCCUCCUACAGACCGCUCCGCCUACCCACUACUCCAGAUCGCCGUAAACCCCCACAUUGAGUCGUUCGAUGCUCUAUUCGAGCCAGACGGCCUGAUCGCGCGGGGCUUGGCGGACAUCGACACAAGAACUUUCCUUGAUGGUGACGAGAAAGCUUCGCCAGUUGGGAGGAAUCGAGUGUCCAUUAGGUACAAGAACGUGCAGCUGCAGAAGGCACAGCUUCCGCCAGCCAACAAAUUCGCUAUCAAGAACCGAGAUAUCCUCCCGGCAGAGUGUCGAGAAAGACAUGUUACAUACAGGGGCAAGCUUUCGGCCACGUUCGAGUACAGAAUCAACGAUGAUGACCCGAAGGAGUUCACUCGAGAAAUCGGCCAGCUUCCCAUUAUGGUCAAGUCCAAGUAUUGCCAUAUCAGGAACAGCAGCCCGGCCCAGCUGGUUGCACAAAAAGAAGAGUCGGAGGAAUUGGGAGGCUACUUCAUUGUCAAUGGCAUCGAGAAGAUCAUACGACUUUUGCUAGUGAAUCGGAGAAACUUCCCCUUAGCCAUCUACCGACCGAGUUUCCAGAACAGAGGGCCGACUUACACGCCCCACGGUAUCAUUAUGAGAUCGGUGCGACCUGACGAAACUUCACAGACCAAUGUUCUGCAUUACCUGAGCGAUGGUAAUGUCACAUUUCGUUUCUCUUGGAGAAAAAACGAGUACCUGGUACCCGUCAUGAUGGUCCUUAAAGCACUGGUGGAGACCAAUGACCGGGAAAUCUUUGAAGGCUUGGUCGGCUCUCCCAACUCCAAGGGUAUUCAGAAUACCUUCCUAACGGAUCGAGUGGAGCUCUUAUUACGUACCUACAAAACUUACGGACUCUACACCAUGGCUCAGACCCGGGCCUACCUUGGGGAGAAGUUCAGACCCGUGCUUGGUGUAUCAGACACGUUGUCCAACUUCGAGGUGGGAACCGAGUUUCUACGCAAGAUUGUGCUUGUGCACCUAGGCAAUGUGAAUGUCACGGAAGAGCAGGAUUCCGACAAGUUCCGGAUGAUCCUCCUAAUGAUCAGGAAGCUCUACGCUUUGGUAGCGGGUGAUUGUGCCGUCGACAACCCCGAUGCCGUUCAGAACCAAGAGAUUUUGCUAGGUGGUUUCCUCUACGGCAUGAUCAUCAAAGAACGGCUUGAUGAGCUGCUCUCCACCGGACUCCGCCUUUCUUUGCGAGAGUACCUGCAGAAAUUCCCCGGAAGAUCAUUUACGUCGCAAGAAUUCGGCAAGGACUUUCCCAUAAGGAUCUUCCAGAAGACAAACGAGAAUAUCGGAAAUGGCCUAGAAUAUUUCAUGUCCACUGGAAACCUCUCAAGUCCAUCAGGUCUGGAUCUGCAACAGGUCUCAGGGUUUACGGUUGUGGCCGAAAAGCUCAACUUUCUCCGUUUCAUCAGUCAUUUCCGCAUGGUGCACCGAGGUAGCUUCUUCGCUCAAUUAAAGACCACGACAGUUCGAAAGUUGCUACCCGAGUCCUGGGGGUUCCUCUGCCCUGUACACACACCUGAUGGUUCGCCUUGUGGUCUUCUCAACCAUCUUGCUCAUAAAUGUAAGAUCAUGACCAAAUCGGUGGACGCCUCUGCCAUACCUCAGCUGGCUGCAGAGCUUGGUGUCGUUUCCACUUCUUCGGCUGCCACGGAUGAGAGCGUAGUCGUCAUGCUGAAUGGCAAAAUCCUCGGCUGGUGUAGUCCUGCCGAGUCUAGACGACUUGCGGACACGUUCCGAUAUUGGAAGGUUGAGGGCAGUCAUGGUGUACCGUUGCAUUUGGAAAUUGGCUAUGUUCCCGCAUCCAAAGGUGGAUCUUAUCCUGGUAUUUACAUGUCUUCCGAGCCAGCAAGAAUGGUCAGGCCAACGAAAUAUCUGCCACUAGAGAAAGAAGACUUUAUCGGACCGCUGGAGCAGCCAUACAUGUCCAUCGCGUGCACCGAACCCGAAAUCACAUCUGGGGAAUCAACGCACGUCGAGUUUGAUCCGACCAACAUUCUUUCCAUUCUGGCUAACAUGACGCCUUUUUCGGACUUCAACCAGUCUCCCAGAAACAUGUACCAAUGCCAGAUGGGCAAGCAGACUAUGGGUACCCCCGGUGCCUCCCUCCGUUACAGGACGGACAACAAAAUGUAUCGCAUCCAGACCGGACAGACUCCCAUUGUGAGAUCACCUCUCCACAACGCUUAUGGAUUCGACAACUUCCCCAAUGGCUUCAACGCUGUUGUUGCUGUCAUUUCUUACACGGGAUACGACAUGGACGACGCUAUGAUCAUCAAUAAAUCCGCUCACGAACGUGGCUUCGGUCACGGAACUAUUUAUAAGGUCAAGAAAAUUACCUUGAAGGAAGAGAACCGGACGAAGUCAACAAAAAACGUGACAAAGCUGUUUGGGUUUGCCCCCACCAGUCUUGUCAAGGCCUGGUCUCGGAAAACGCUUGACGACGAUGGCUUGCCGAUCAUCGGGACGAUGAUCCAGGAAGGUGACACUCUCUGCGCCUGGCACACCGUCUCAGCGGACUACAGUGGUAAUCUGGUCAACCGGGAUGGGCAGACACACUACGAAAAGUACAAAGACUCGGAAGUUGGCUUCGUCGAGGAGGUGAGGGUCAUUGGCAGCGAGUUGGGCUCUGAGCCUGCUCAGACCAUCUCGAUAAAACUCCGCAUUCCCCGGUCUCCUGUCAUUGGUGACAAGUUCUCGUCUCGUCACGGCCAGAAGGGUGUUAUGUCGCAGAAAUGGCCUGCUAUUGACAUGCCGUUUUCGGAAUCAGGCAUCCAGCCAGACAUCAUCAUCAACCCUCAUGCCUUCCCUUCCCGAAUGACCAUUGGCAUGUUCGUUGAGUCGUUGGCGGGCAAGGCCGGUGCGAUGCAUGGGUUGGCUCAGGACUCGACGCCAUUCCGUUUCGACGAAGAGAACACGGCUGGAGACUACUUCGGGCACCAACUGAAAAUGGCCGGCUACAACUAUCACGGAAACGAACCCAUGUACUCGGGCAUCACAGGCGAAGAACUGGCAGCCGACAUAUACGUCGGUGUGGUCUAUUAUCAGCGACUGAGACACAUGGUCAACGACAAAUACCAGGUCAGAACCACAGGUCCAGUUGUAGCUACGACAGGCCAGCCUAUCAAGGGAAGGAAGCGGGGAGGUGGUAUUCGCGUAGGUGAAAUGGAACGAGACGCACUUCUAGCACAUGGUACAGCUUUCCUUCUCCAGGAUCGCCUCAUGAACUGCUCCGACUACUCGCGCUCUUGGAUCUGCCGAAAAUGUGGUUCCUUCUUAUCCAUACAGCCAACGGCAUCACCAUUCGUCGGCAAGAAGAAAACGGUCAACACUGUUCGGUGCCGGAACUGUGCGACACGACUAGAUCACAUGGAGGAUGUUGACGUGACAAAGAUCACAGGUGAGAUUUGGGAGGAUGGACAAGGCAACCAGUGGGUCGGUGGAGAGGAUACGACUCUAGUUGCCGUGCCCGGUGCCUUGAAGUACCUCGACGUGGAGCUGGCAGCCAUGGGAAUCAAACUUAAAUACCGAGUCAACCCCAAAGAUGCGCCCCGAAAAGGCCAUCUUCUUCAAACGACCUGGGAUGCUCUUCGGUCGGGCGUCAAGACAAACGGCACUCAGCCCGCAUUGGUGGCGGCAUGAGUUCGGCCGAGUUUCAGCACAUAGCAUUUCACGGAGUACAAAAGGGGCUAAUGCAUUUCCUCGGUUUAAGCUAGUUACGCGUUGAUGUGUUCCGAGGCAAUUAUGGGUGUUGAUAUCAUGAGAGCAAUCAGAAGUAGAUAGCCUGGUUAAUGAGACAGUCUUACAUAAAUUCGUUUGCUCCCAA